AUGGACGAAGAAAAUCGAGAAGAUGAGCCGGUAAAUCCAUUGGUAACGCUAGCAGCAGCUGCAGAGGCAGUUUCUCGCAGUGGUGAGCUUUCAACGACAACGCCGAGCAUUUCAUCAUCAUCAUCAUUGCAACAACAACAAAAGAAAACCACAGCGCAUUGGACAUUUGAUGAAGCGCUGGCUUUCUAUGAGUGCAUCAAAACGUAUGGCCGUGACUGGGAGACGAUCUCGCGGGUGCUCGCAAAGAAGAAAAUCCACAAAAGCGUCAAUCAGAUCAAGAAUUUCUCGUUCAACGUCGCUCGAUCGGUUCGUCAGAUAACUGGCUUCGAUAAUCAAGACGUCUACAAGAAGAUUCCGACUGAUGCACGCGAGCUGAUGAUGGUAAUAGCGUCGAUGGAAUGGCGAAAGAGGACGACAAACAAGAAAUACCACAACGAUUGCUUGCGAGAGCUGCUUUUCGAGGGCUCGAUAUCCUACCGUUUCCAGAAGAACAAGUUGCCGAUUCUCAUCGAAAUGCCCAGUUGCCCGUCGUUGAGCGCUCUUUUCACAACCGAGAAACGCGUCGAGAAAUUCCCUGGCGACGUGACGAUUCAAUUGGAGCCAUUUACGAAUGGUGAUCAGUCGACAAUUGCCUCAGCAAUGCUGAAUCCUUUAUUGAAGGUAAAAGUUGGCAUCAACGAACGUUUGUCACGACUUUUCGAGCUACUCCAAGUGAAAUGGGGCACUCCGUUGAAGCAUUUGUCGACCGAUGAUCACCUCAAUUUUUGUCUCUUCGUGCAUCGAGACGUCGAUGUUGGUAACGUUUUCUUCACCGAGGCUCAUUCGACGCCGAGUUUGAAGAGGUUACUCAGCGAACAUGAGAAGCUCGAGAACAUGAAGAACGUGCAAAAGGGACACUUUUCAUGUGAUCCAUCAUUCACUGUGUCGACUCGAACAAUCGAUUGCCCGUUGUUGCUUCGAUCGGAGGUGCUGCGAGCGGGAUUGACGGGAGAAAAUUGUGGCGAUGCGUCGUUGGCUGAGCUCUUUUGCGUGUGUGGCCUCCAGCCGGUGAUCCGUUUGAUGUACCAUGUGACGAAUCGACGCGAUCAUCUCUCCACAUGGGAGAUCUUUGCCGAUUUGAUCAAGAGAGACUACCCGGAGUGCUUAUCGAAUAGCAAAGAAAAUCGCCCGAAAGUCGCCGCGAAAGAGAUGAGCAACAAGAUGAGCCAGCAAACGCAAACCGAGAAUUGCUUUUUGACAAACGUGGCCUCAAAUCGAGAGAAUGACAUGCGAAAAGAAGGUGAAUCGACGCCAACAGCCAAGAGGAAACCGUCGUGUUAUCCGGCAAGAAGGGAAACACCAAAGUCGAUGGCCAGCAACAGCAGCUCGAUCAACGUGGCCAAUUCGAUCUCGAAAAAUCAACCGACAUCCUCGAAGAUUGUCGACAUUGAAAACGAGCAAUUCCUCGCGCAACUUCAGGCUCUGGAGCAAACCUCGAGGAAAACGCCCCUACAACGAGGCGCAAAACGACCAGCGACUAGCAGCAAUGAAACGCCGACUCCAACAAUCGCAUCAAUACCAAUGGCAAACGAGCGACAACAAAACUCGCCGCACACCGAUUUCUCGUCGAUGAAAGCGCCGAGCGAUCGUUGGAUAAGUGGACGAAUGGCGCGAAAGAGUCGAUCACCGCAGAAGAAGAAACAAUCGCCACCAAAAAAGCAACAAAUACAAGAAAGCGCACUGCUGAUGCAUCACGAUGAAACGGCUAGACAUGCGCUCAAUCAAAGUGACGCGCUCAAUCAAAGUGACGAGCUUCAUCCGUCAGCCUUGGAGAUUCAGUGCUUCGGUGAACAUUUGCAGUUGUCACAGUCGCCGAAUAAGUCGAUCUCCUCUUUUCCGAUGGAUUUUCGUGGUUUCAGCGACGGUGAACGAAUGUGUGCGCAGGUGCUCAACCAGAACUCGAUCGACUUCUACUCGCAUUUCCAGCAAUUCGUUGAGAGUUUCGAUCAAUCGCCGCAGAAAAGCCAGCAGCAGCCGCAAAAUAAUCUCUUG